UUCCUGGUCUCUGUAUUUCUUCUGCAAACUGAAGAUUGAAAAUUAAAAAGAGAAAAAUAAGAGGGAACCUCUUUGAUUUGGGUCUCUCUACUCUACGAAAAUGCACGGUAGACCUCGCAAGCCUUCGAAACCAGAAGAUGAAGCAGCUUCAGCCGCCAAAGCUCAGAAACUUCGCGCCCUCCAAUCUCAAUUCCUCCACAAUCAUCACAACAACAUUUACACUAAGGAAGCUGUAGACCUGAGCGCCAAGCUGCUGGAGAUCAACCCGGAAUCAUACACGGCCUGGAACUAUAGGAAGCUCGCUCUUGAGCACAACCUGAGUCAGUCCGAGUCCGAUUCUGACUCGUUCAAAUCACUUCUUGAUGAAGAACUAAUAGUGGUAGAGAAUGCAUUGAGGCAAAAUUUUAAGUCUUAUGGAGCGUGGCAUCACAGGAAAUGGGUUUUGAGCAAGGGGCAUUCAUCUGCAGAUCAUGAGUUGCGACUUUUGGAUAAGUUCCAGAAGGCUGAUUCUCGGAAUUUUCAUGCAUGGAAUUACCGGAGAUUUGUGGCAGCAUUGAUGAACAGAUCAGAAGAGGAUGAAUUGAAGUAUACAGAGGAUAUGAUUAAUAACAAUUUUAGCAAUUAUUCUGCCUGGCACAACCGAAGUGUGCUCCUAUCCAAUUUGCUUAAGAAAAAGUCUGAAGGGUUUCAAAAAGAGAAAGUUUUACCAGAGGAAUAUGAAUUUGUACACCAAGCUCUUUUCACGGACCCAGAUGAUCAAAGUGGGUGGUUUUAUCAUCUUUGGCUUCUUGAUCAAACAGUCAAAGUUGAUUCUCCCCUGCUUGUUUCUUCUUGGCCUGCUAAUGGUUCUGAUCUCGUUUUAUCGGGAGAUAGGCACCUGGGUGAUUCUGCUUCUUCUCUGUUGACAAGCUUUCAUUCAGAUUCAAGGACAUUUCCACUCAUUCUUUAUUUUAAUCAAGCAGUUCAUGGUGUAAACUCAUCUACGGUAACAGUUGAUUAUGAAUUUAACACAAGUAAAGAUCUUAUCUGGGAACCAAUUUCAAUAAAUAACUCUCAGACUGCCCAAGUCUGGGUUACAAAGUUAAACUAUCCCAAUGUAGAGCUUCAUGCCUUAAAAGAAUAUCAAGUUGAGGUUAGCCUUGGACAUGAUUGGGGAAUCGUUUCUUCAAGUGGUUUUCACUAUAGCCAUCCUUCUUGUUACACAUUUAAAGUAUGUCUAAAGCUUGCUGAAACAGAUCCCACGGAAGAGCUGGGUGGAGAGAUAAUUUCAUGGAGAGAUGAAAACUUUUGUAUUUAUAAAACAGAUUCUCAGGAAUCAAGCCCUGCUGUUUCAUUAGAUCAACUGAGUAUCAAGAGUGACAACGACCUAUCAGCUUCUGAGUGGCGAGUAGCGGCUAUAGCCAAUGAGAUAGAUCAUUUCCGUGAACUGUUGUCACUAAUAAACUGUAAAAUUGGGAAGCUUACACUUGCAAGAUUGUUGAUGGCUCAUGAUGCUAUGAUGCAUUCAUCUGGUAACAAAGUUGCCCAUUUUGAAGAAGUUCUUGAACUAUAUAGUGACUUAAUGAAGUUAGACCCAUCACAUAUUCGAUACUACAAGGAAGAACACAGUUUAGUUUCAAUGCAGCAGGUAACAUCCAGCCAGGAAUCUUUGCUGAGGCACUGCUUCUGUUAUGAGGACUUGAAUUGCUCAUAUAUUGGAAAUCCAAUUUGUCUACGACUGAAUAAUUUAUCAUUAUCACGAAUAGGAUCUUUUGAAAAAUUAUUGUGGGUCCGAAUGCUAGACCUCAGCCACAAUGAUCUUUCAUCAAUUGAAGGUUUGGAGGCAAUGCAGCUCCUCUCUUGCUUAAAUUUGAGUAGCAAUAAACUAGGUAGUUUUACUGCUCUGGAGCCUCUAAGACUGCUGAAAUCAUUGAGAGUUUUAAAUAUUUCAUAUAAUGAGAUUGGUGCACACUCCAUUGACACAACGAGGUAUCUGUGCUCUUCUCCAUUAUCUCACUCUAUUGGAAACAAAUGGAAUCUCGGCGAAACUGCAAUUGAUGAUGAUAUAAAAAAUUAUUGGGAGGCUUAUUUUAUUCUGAAAGGCUUGAAGUUGACACAAUUAGAUCUUUUGGGGAACGCAGUUGCUGAUGAAACGUUUAAGCUGUUUGUCAUCAAGGUUCUGCCAGCACUUAAGUGGCUAGAUGGUGAAAAAAUGUGUUGAUUUCAGCUCAUUCGUAGUGAGGUGGUUUUUUUUUUUUUUUUUUUUUUCAAGGGAUAGA